AUGGGUAUUAAAAAACAAUGUAGCUACCGUGACUAUUGGUCAUCUGCACCUGACUUGAACGAUGCGUGUAUUAGCAGUCUAAUGCCCGUCAAUAGAUUUAGUUGGUUAUUAUCUCAUUUAAAUGUCAAUGACAAUUCAGUCAUGCCUAAAAAAGGUGAUGAACAUUAUGACAAACUUUAUAGAAUAAGGCCAUUUGUUGAUUUUAUUUUAAAAAAUAGUCAACGUUUGUACAAUCCAAAUAAAAUAAUUGCCAUUGACGAAUCAAUGAUUAAAUUCAAAGGCCGGCAUAGCGCAAAGCAAUACUUACCAAAAAAAACCUAUUAA